AUGAACGCGAUUUUCAACUUCCUGUCAUCACCGCUCAAGCAGCCCGCAGAGAGACCUCCACCCUCCAGCAUGCCACUUACCGCCUCGCGACCGAGUUUGUCGCCUAGAGAGCAACGUCUUGCCAAACGCGCUGCGGAUAGGUUCUCGGAGCCGGCAGGUCGCAGUCCCCGCUCGCGUCUGAGUAACGUUUCUCUUGCAUCCACCGACGAUAACACCGCCGAGAUCUCUGUCGUUAGUCGACGAAGAGAGACCAUCGCCAUGGCCCCGCCGCUGAGUGUCAAGAAGCGCAUCAGCACAUCGACGCGCUCGUCGCCGAUACACAAACAACCAAAGCCCAACGGACCUGUUUCUCGUGUCGCGACAUCAUCGCCCGCCAUCCGAUCUUCGCCUAGAGGGCGAGCAUCGGUUGAACUUGGAGGAUCGUCGCCGGCCUUUGCCACGUCACCAGCCUCAAUCUCUAAGAGAGUUUCCCGUGUCGCGUCGUCGCCCGCAGUUCGAUCCUCCCCUAGAGGGCGAGAACCGGCCGAGCUUGAAUCGCCGGCCCCAAUCCCCAAGAGAGUUGCUCAAAACAGCGAGACCAAGAGUCCUAGAAGGUCCUCCAGGGCCUCGCGGGCAACGGCACCGCAAACAAAUGGGACAGACAAGAUGACUGAGGAACAGCCCGAAGAGGCGCAUUCUGAAGAAGAAGCGGCGCAAGUUGAAGAUGACAAGAUAUACGAAUUCGUGAGGAUUUCAGAUCAUCGCUGGGUCAAGAACGGGAACGAGAACGAGAUCGAGCUUCUCGUGCAGUGGAAGGACGGCGAGAGCUCCUGGGUCUCUGAGGAACUUCUUCAUACCGACAACCGACAGGCCCUAUUCGCGUACUGGCGCUCGCAGCCCGAGGGCCGACCUAAGAACCCCGAAGACGACGAGGUGUACCAAGUUUUCGCGAUUAGAAAGCACCGCGUGCGCAAUGGUGUGCCGCAGGUCCAAGUCGAAUGGCUAGGCUACGACACACCCGAAAACACGUGGGAAGACCAAGACUACAUUGAUGGGGUCGCCCCUAAGCUGGUCGACGCCUAUUUUGACCAAGUCAAGGGCAAAGGCAAGAUUCAGGCCAAGGCUAAGAGCCAGACGAAAAGCAAAGCGAAGCCCAAGGCUCCUGUAAAAACCAAGGCGCCCGCGAAGACCAAAGCCCCGGCAAAGACUUCGGCUCGCGGCGUGACUAGAAGUAGUGCAAGGGUCUCGAAGCGAUAG